UAAUUCCCUUAAAAAAUUCCCCUCCCAAACUCAAAAUCCCACUCUCCACUCACCACCCAAACCCAAGAAAAAUGACCGAUCCCGAAUCCACCACCACGCAAGACAACGCCGCGGUGGCGGAGUCUAACCAAGCCCAAGCCCCGGCCCAAGUAGAUGACACCACCGCCAAGCUCAACAAUCUCACCCUCCGCAUUUGGCCCCCCACCCAACGCACCCGCGAUGCCGUCAUCAACCGUCUCAUCGAGACGCUGUCGUCCCAAUCCGUCCUUUCCAAACGCUAUGGCACGAUACCAGAGGAAGAGGCCUCCGCAGUGGCCAAGUCUAUCGAGGAGGAGGCUUUCUCGGUCGCCGGAGCAUCGUUCUCUGCCGACGACGACGGUAUCGAGAUCCUUCAGGUAUAUUCCAAGGAGAUCAGCAAGCGUAUGCUCGAGACUGUCAAAGCUCGAGCUGCCGCCACCGCCGCCGCUCCAUCAGGUUCGGCGGACACAGACUCGAGUAACGCGGGAGCUGCGGGCGGUGAGGACAUUUCGUCCUCGUCCGUAAAGGCCGAGGCUUGAGUCUGAGGAUUCUUGUUUCUCUCUCUCUCUUUAGGGUUGUUCUUUUUGGUUUAGCAUGAUUAUUGGUAUUGCUAGGGUUUUUUUAAUUUAGUUUUGCCUUUCUUUUUCUGAGAUCUGUUUGUACUGACUAUGAAUAUUUCGGGAUGCUUAUAUAUCACGGUAAUAAUAUCUGUGAUAGUAAUAUUUAUUAAUAUCUUGGGGGUUAUUUUGGUUC